UAGGUCAAUGAAAAAUCUGAUGAAUGCAGACUAGUUCAUUCCAGAGAGUUGUUUUAUCUGCUAUAACUUCUGUGGUUCAUUCGAGUUAACAUAAAACAAAAACAGCUUUGAUUGUUUUAUGGGUGCAUUCUGUAACACAUCAAGUUUGUUAGAAUUGUUUUUCUCGAUAAAUUUCAUUAGUUUUCAAGAAAGAGCAAGAAAAUGAUCGAAACUUUAUCAACAUCUCUCGAAAAUACCGGGAACCUAUGUCCGUUGUGCUUGAACAAAGAGUUACUUCAGGAUAUUAACCAGGAACAGGACUUGCAGCUAUGGAUUUCGGACUUUCUUGCGAUUGUGGUAAUGAUCUUUUGAUUUGGAAUCACUGAUCGUUUGAGCUACAAUGAGUUCGAUUAUAUUUAAUGCCUUUCAGAUAUGUACAGUAGACGUUCGAUAACUGCAACAUGUUUACGUUUCACUUAGCGAACGAAAAUCCGAUAACUGCAACGCCUGACAGUGUCAACAAGCCGUCAAUUGACGUAAAAUGAACGAAAAAUUCAUUCGACUGUUCAUUAGGGCUAACAUGGCGCACGAUUUUGACGUUUGGCGGUGCGAUAACUGCAAAUUUGUUGCACUUACCGGACUUGCAGUUAAAAAGCAUUGCAGUUAAACCGUUUGCACCGACCGAACGUCUACUGUAUCGAAGACCGCAUGAGUCAAGCCAUAUGCGGUGUUUGUCGAAUGCGAAUCGUAGAGUUUCAACACUUCCGAAUGCGCUGCCAGGAAGUUCAGGGCAUUUUGAAAUCAACGAUCAAAAGGAAUGACGAUAGAUCACUUCAAUCUGAGAUGCAGAGUUCUGUAGCGAAAUUGGAGUGUCCUUCAGAAUCAGCUUUGGCCACUAAUGAGGAUGUGGAGAAGGAUGCUGGUGUGGGACCAGUUGGGAUUCAUGAUAUAAUUGUUUUGGAAGCAGUGAAAAUCGAACCUUUAGAUGAUUGUGAAGAAACGUCUGAAAUACUACUAAACAAAAAAGUGAUUGAAUCAAACUACAAUGAUGAAAAUCAAGCUUUUGAGCCAAAUUCAGAGCGCACUUUAUCAGCUUUUGCACAAAGUGCCCAGACGAAGAAUGACAGUGACAAUACAACAUCACAUCGAUGUAGCUUAUGCCAUAAGGUUUAUCAGACUGAACAAAAACUUGGAUUUCAUCUUAAAUCAGCACAUGGAUCUAAAGACCACAAGUGUCCCAUCUGUGGAGUUCGUUUCCCUAGACUGAAAAAUUUAAGGAAACACCAGUGCACCGAGAAACAUUUGAACUCAUUGAAGAGCACGUGUAGCAAAACAUACACUUUACGUGAAAAAAUACAAAAAAGAUCGAAAACUGAUCAUACUGAAUUACAAACAACAGACUGUGUUUCAAAAUCGGAUAGAACCAAAGAAUCAAAGUUGCAUAAAACUCAGGCACAUAAAGAUUCACCCGAAUUAGAAAAAAAGACUUCUGCGAAGAAUGACACAGAUCAGAGAAGCACCAUAACCAGCAGCGACUAUACCUGUACAACGUGUGAUCGUUCAUUCCAACGGAAAGAUCAACUCAAAAACCAUUUGAGAAGUCACCAGGAAUACGUUGUCGAGGAUCUUUCGAUUGACAUGGAAGCAAUUCGUUUGUCUCUACUGAGCAGAUUAUCGAUCCAGUUGCCCGGCCUUGAUGGUAUUGCACAAACUGCCGAGGAAACCGUCCACCAAUGCAAGAUAUGUUGGAAACAACUUAAGUCACAUCAACGACUAAACAGCCACAUGAAGAAUCAUCAACCUAAGCAACACAUGUGCAAACAUUGUGGAUUUUCGUGUAGUCGAAGAUACAGUUUGCAAUAGAGGUUCCAACCCGGGAUAUCCCGGGACAAAAAAUCCCGGGAUCUUGAAAAAUUCGGGAUUUCCCGAAUCCCGGGAUAUAAUUUUCCACCGUCCCGAAAAUCCCGGGAUUCCCGGGACACAUAUUUCUUGCAUUUUUUUUACGCUUUGAUUAGGAAUUGGAGAGUCUCUGAAACGUAUUCGAAGAGCUGUGAUUUGUUUGUUCGAAAAUCGCCUUCAAGGAAAAAUCACGAAAAUGUUACAUAAACCACUUCAACUGUGUGUGGACUUUAAAACUCGUUGGGACUCGACUGAAACGAUGCUGGAGCACUUCCUUCGCUGUUCCGAUUGCAUCAAAGAGACACUUUCUGAAAUAGACCUUUCAGGUCUUAUGUUGGAAAGUGACAUCGAGGUUGCAAUAAACCUUCAGGAAGCUUUUCAGCCAAUCAGACUCGCUUCGGAAGCAUUGGGAAGACAAGUUGCUACAUUACUGUCUGCGGAAGGCAACUUGAGUUUCUUGUAUUCGAAGCUUAAGAAAAGUAACUCAUAAGUUGGAAACGAGCUCUUCGAUGCAAUCACGAAAGGAAUCAACGAACGGCUCCAAAAAGAAAAAAAAAUAACAGCGCUGAAUUCAAGGUCUUCCGUUGUCAGCUCAAGUACCAGCAGCACUGGAAAGCUUAUCGAAAACGCAAAUAAAUAAGU